AUGGUCAUAUUUUAUGUUCUCUAUAGCACUUUUACGAAAGGAUUCCGGCUCUUUUUCCAAGAUGUCAAAGAGGUGAAGAUGAUAAAAACAAGGAUGCUCACCAACAGUGUCAAAGUCCAGGACUUAACCUAUCGUGAUAUGGAGAAACUCAGGCAGUUUCGCAGAGACAUGAUUAAAGCCAUUCCGCUGCUGUUAAUUUCUAUUCCUCCAUUUGCCAACUAUCUGGUGUUUGUCCUAAUGUACCUUUUCCCCCGCCAGCUCCUGAUCCGCCACUUCUGGACCCCCCAGCAGCAGACAGAGUUCCAGGGAGUGAACCAUUCCCACAGGGCCCAACACCACUGGGCAGUGCUGAAGGGGCUUGAGAGUGCAGGUUCACAUGUCAAAGACAGCCACCUACUAGACCUCUGCCACAAGACACUGAUGUCUGACCCUAACAUAUCUGACAUCCAGGCAUUUCGAGACUUGUUUUCUGGACCUCCCCUGGGUAUCAAGAGAAUGAACGCAGAUCAGAUGAGGCAACUCUGUCUCCUGUUCUUCCUGACUCCCAACUCCAUGAUUGCCACUCGACUGAACAGCCACGGCAUAGAGCUGCUACAGCUGGACCGUGCUCUCAGCAGACAUGGCCUGCACCAGUUGGAUGACUCAGAGCUGAGACAGGCCUGCUAUGUCAGGGGGCUUGACUCUGGCAGUCUCAGCAUCAACCAGUGCCUGGAAUGGCUUUCACAGUGGCUCCAGUUCUCCUCUCGUCUGAAAGAGUCAGAGGUCUCUCUGCUUGUGCAUAGCAUGGUUUUGCUCUCUACCAACUACCCAAAGCCCUACCAACAUUGA